UUGCUAGAGUUGGGGAAAAGGAGGACGCCCAGUUCAGGCGGUAUAUUGGCUGUCAGUCACACGGCAGUUUUUGCAAUGUCAUCUAGUUUUUGAAGUUAUCAAGUGGUGUUUAGGAUACCGCACACACGUAGCUUUACCCCUAGGGUGGUAGUUAUAAGGCAACGGUGGUAAAAGGGUAAGAAAGUUUUGACGGGUCUACACACCGCUUCCGAGUCCUUAGGCCAUGCUUACCACAGGGUAGUGUUUCGACUCACGUAACUCACGGAGAAAAUCUCUGACGGAAAACCUGUAAUAGGAGGGGGAAAAACCCGGAUCACUGGCCUUUCUGGAACACAAUACGGGCUACAAUUAUACAGCAAGGGGAAUUUACACCAUUCAGUUUCAAGGAACUGGCCGGCACGAACAGUGAUAACCACAACAGGACCUCUCUCAUGUGAUAUCCCAGAGACACCCUGGUGGUAUGACUGUUGACAGGUCAGCCCAGGUAGCGUACUGUGAGAGGCGUGUAUCGAGCGCUGCUCAAACAUCUGAGGCUGGAAUUAAUUACCAGUGGUAAAGAAUCCACGAGCUCUGUCAUGGCGGCCACCGCCUGUCCAGCAAACGACGCCAAGCAGUUCGAGAGCUGCUGGCUAGAAUGGAUUAACAGAUACUAUCCAGACUAUCGCACCAAGCUGUACAUGCUGCCGCCAGUGCACUUCAGGAAAGUACCUUACAUACCAAAGACCAUUGGUGGUGUGUCUGUGCUGAUGCCAGUUACACCAGAAGAGCAGCGGAAGUCCCUCCUGCAGAGAUCUCGACGACAGCUCGACUCCAUCGCUUCCGACACCUGUAGCCCCCAACGUGUGCAGGACAGUGACCUGCGGGAUGAUUCCGCCCAGGAGAUGGUUCUGAAUCACCUGAAAAAAUUCGGAAAAAAGCGCGGGGAAGGCAUGUUCAUUAUUUCUCUUCUGCGCUGCGCCGACUACCUCAGAGAGACUUCACGAACUACGGAGGGCCAACGGUGCGAGAAAAUGGGUGCCUUGAAGAAAGAGGCAGUCAACUUUCGCCGUCCCUGUGACCUCCAUUAUUAUCACGAAGAUUUUGAUAUUAUUCUCAUCCACCCCAAGCACGGGAUUCUAGUAGGAGAGAUCAAGUCAGUCGGAGCCAACCGCUGCCCAGAACAGAGAGAUGUUCGCCAAAGAGUAAAGGAGGCUGUGAAGCAGAUAGAACGAAGAAGGCAGAUCAUUGCUUACCUGACUGAAGACUUAAAGGUACCAGUGACCAUGACCUUGAUACUACCUUUCGUCGAAAGACGCUUAUUGCAGCAGACGUUGACAGAUGAUAAGGAAUUGCUGGAAAACCUGCGUUCGUGUCUCAGUCCGGAUGCGGAAGAUGCGGAAGAUGCGGAAGAUGCGGAACGUGCAGCCAGGCUCUGUUUAUGCCGCGACGAGUUCUUAGCCCCUGAUGGCAAAGAGUGGCCUGCAGGUUCAAAGCUUGGGGACUGGUGGCAGCAUCAGAUGAGUGGUAGGCCGGGCAUAGCCAUGGACGUGUACGAGCUCCUUCUGGCGAGGUUCUGCGGUCCGGCCACGACCAUCAGCGUGGCAUGCGUCACCAGCCCUCGUGUGCAGGUGCAGGUGCGGACGGAGGGGCAGGCCGUGUCCGAAAUGGGCAGGCGACAGGCCAUGCUGACCUUGACCCCCGAUCAGGUCAGCCUCCUGUCGGCACCGCCCUGCAGGGUCUUCCUGGCAGGCCCUCCCGGCACGGGAAAGACCUUGAUGCUGGUGCUGGUGGGGUUGCAAUGGCUGUACACAGGGCGUGACGUCCACGUGAUCAGUACGUGGGGUCACAGCCUGGCCGCCGCCUGCCUCAUCCAUCAGCAGCUGCAAGACAACCUCGUGCAGAACAUGGAGUCACCGACCGUCUUCAGCGGCGAUGAUAACACGAGGGAGGAUUUGGCUUCUGUAAGGCAAACGCCUGGCAGCCCGGUUCUUCAUUCCUUUAACUUCUAUGACAACGACGAGGACGUCGAGGUUGCCGUGCAGACCCUCGUGGAGGUCGCGAAGAAAGACGGUGAAGUGUUCGUCCUGCUGGACGAGUUCAAGCUGAAGAACGAGCAUCCUCCAACCGCAGGGCAGGAGUCCACGGAUGUGGGAGGUGCAAAGUGUCAAGAAGGUAGUGAUGACAGCUCUCAACAACCUUUGAAAACAAACAGCAAUCUGUCAGGCAAGUGGCUUCGCUUCGUCAAGCUGUUGUGUGAACGAGUUCCCGGCGCUCACAUCUGGGCCGCCUCGCUGGCGCACCUCAACACUCCCGAGGAGCUAGAGACGGUGCGCCUAACAUUGCCCUUGAGGUGUGCCCCGAAGGUGUUGCAGCAAGUAAAGGUGGGACUUUCAGAGUUAAAACACAUCGCCGACUAUUCCGAGCAAGAAGUACGUACGUCACAUGACGGCUUGAACGUUGUGACCCUAGUGCACAGCGGGCAAGGUCACGAGGCUGCCUGGCCCCUGGACUGUCGGGAGUGCGGGCGCCGCAUCGCAGAACAGCUGCAUCAGCUGGGUGUCGGAGACACUGAGACAGGCGAGCCUUCAGGUCCAUCUCCCCAGAAGCUUCAGUACGGCGACGUGUUUAUACUGACCAACAGCUUUUCGCAGAUUCAUGAUGAUAUCAGAGAUGAGACAGGGGCAGUUACUGAGCCGGCAAACGGCUUGGUGCAGGGUCUGCGUGAAGCAGGUGUUGCGCGCCUGCGCGUGGUCCGGAACAGGAACUAUGGGUCUGAGGAGCUGAGCCGCGAGGUAGAAGAAGUGGCACGCGCGAGGACCGAUUGCGUGACACUGGCUCACAGAGGCGCCGUCUCUGGGCUGGAGCGUAAGGUUGUCGUGUGGCUGCCUGGAAGAAUUGAUGGCUUAGACGACGAUCUGAGCGACGCCCAGCUGGAUAAGUACGACAGAGUGUAUGCAAUGUCCAGAUGCACCACCCAGCUUAUUGUCGUCAAGCAAAACGAACAUGUUUGACUUAACGUUUGAAAAUGAAAAAGGCAGAAAGACAAUCACUAUACCAUGCACUUUUUAAUUAGAAAUACUUAAGAUGCAUCUAUGUCACCACAAUAACAAAAAAAUAAAGUAAAAGUAUGCAUGAUAGGUGAAAAUAACACCUUGCAAUCCUGACCAGCAGGUAAAUUACGGGUGAUGAUCUACCUUAACAAUUUUCUUUCACAAAAAUGAUUAAUUCAAAAGUCCCAUUGCAUAAUGAUUAUCGUGGCAGAAAACUGUAGUAGUCGAUUACUGUGCCUAAGGGCAGAGAACUGUCGUCGUGGAUUACUGUUCCUAACGGCAGAGAACUGUGGUAGUGGAUUACUGUGUCCAUGGACAGAACUGUAGUAGUGGAUCCCUGUGCCUAUGGUUCAGAGUGUGGAAGGCAGAACUCAUCUUUUCACUACCACCAUUUCUUGAUAAAAUGAAAUGAAUAAAAUUAAAAUAUAUUCACUGAU